AGGAGGGCGCCUCUCCCGGCGAGGACGCGCUCGGUACUUAAGGCGGCUCUGCAGGGCCGGCACUCGUCAGUCGGAGCGCGCGGCGGCGGCAGCGGCGCACCGUGGAGGGAGGCGCGGCGGCGAUAGGAGCCAGAGGAGGGGCAUGGAGCCGCCGCGGGCCUGCUGAGCACCAGAGCGCGGGCGGCCGGCGGCACGCUUCUCCUCCUCCAGCCUCUCCUCCCUUCUUCCCUUGCGGCUACUGUUUUGUGAAUGAAUUAGCAGGCGGACGACCGUGCGGGACACGAGGCUGGUUGGAGCACCCCUCCCCCCAUCCACGCCAGCCCGGGUCUUCACACCUGUGGGGACACCAAGACUCCCGGAGCCCUGGUUCCUGCGGGUCUGCCUGGCCAGGGCUGCACGUCCGCCGGACUGAGCUGCCUUUCCUUUGCCGGCUCAGAGGAGCCCGAGGGCGCCCAGGCGCAAGAUGCCGGUGCAGCUGACAACAGCCCUGCGUGUGGUGGGCACCAGCCUGUUUGCCCUGGCGGUGCUGGGUGGCAUCCUGGCAGCCUAUGUGACAGGCUACCAGUUCAUCCACACAGAAAAGCACUACCUGUCCUUUGGCCUGUACGGCGCCAUCCUGGGCCUGCACCUGCUCAUCCAGAGUCUGUUUGCCUUCCUGGAGCACCGGCGCAUGCGCAGGGCAGGGCGGCCAAUAAAGUUGUCUUGCCAGCGGCAGCGUUCGGUGGCGCUGUGCAUCGCGGCCUACCAGGAGGACCCUGACUACUUACGCAAGUGCCUGCGUUCAGCCCAGCGUAUCGCCUUUCCUGACCUCAAGGUGGUCAUGGUGGUGGAUGGCAAUCGCCAGGAGGAUGCCUACAUGCUGGACAUCUUCCAUGAGGUGCUGGGUGGCACUGAACAAGCUGGUUUCUUUGUAUGGCGCAGCAACUUCCAUGAGGCGGGUGAGGGUGAGACUGAGGCCAGCCUGCAGGAGGGCAUGGAGCGAGUGCGGGCAGUGGUACGUUCCAGCACCUUCUCAUGCAUCAUGCAGAAGUGGGGAGGCAAGCGAGAGGUCAUGUACACAGCCUUUAAGGCCCUUGGCGACUCCGUGGACUAUAUCCAGGUUUGUGACUCUGAUACUGUGCUGGACCCGGCCUGUACCAUGGAGAUGCUUCGAGUCCUAGAGGAGGAUCCCCAAGUAGGGGGUGUUGGUGGAGAUGUUCAAAUCCUCAACAAAUAUGACUCGUGGAUCUCCUUCCUAAGCAGCGUGCGGUACUGGAUGGCCUUCAACGUGGAGCGGGCCUGCCAGUCCUACUUUGGCUGUGUGCAGUGUAUCAGCGGGCCACUGGGCAUGUACCGUAAUAGCCUUCUCCAGCAAUUCCUGGAGGACUGGUACCAUCAGAAGUUCCUAGGCAGCAAGUGCAGCUUUGGGGAUGAUCGGCACCUUACCAACCGAGUCCUGAGUCUUGGUUACCGGACUAAGUAUACAGCACGCUCCAAGUGCCUCACAGAGACCCCCACCAAGUACCUCCGGUGGCUCAACCAGCAGACCCGCUGGAGCAAGUCUUAUUUUCGCGAGUGGCUCUACAACUCUCUGUGGUUCCAUAAGCACCACCUCUGGAUGACCUACGAAUCAGUGGUCACAGGUUUCUUUCCCUUCUUCCUCAUUGCUACAGUAAUACAGCUUUUCUACCGUGGUCGCAUCUGGAACAUUCUUCUCUUCCUGCUGACAGUGCAGCUGGUGGGAAUUAUUAAGGCUACGUAUGCCUGCUUCCUUCGGGGCAAUGCGGAGAUGAUCUUCAUGUCUCUCUACUCCCUUCUCUAUAUGUCCAGCCUCCUGCCAGCCAAAAUCUUUGCCAUUGCUACCAUCAACAAGUCUGGCUGGGGCACUUCUGGCCGAAAAACCAUUGUGGUGAACUUCAUUGGUCUUAUCCCUGUGUCCAUCUGGGUAGCAGUUCUUCUUGGGGGGCUGGCCUACACAGCUUAUUGCCAGGACCUGUUCAGUGAGACUGAGCUAGCCUUCCUUGUCUCUGGGGCCAUCCUGUAUGGCUGCUACUGGGUGGCCCUCCUAAUGCUUUAUCUGGCUAUCAUUGCCAGGCGAUGUGGGAAGAAACCAGAGCAGUAUAGCCUGGCUUUUGCUGAGGUGUGACAUAGGCCCCCAGGUAGAGCGGGAAAAGUGCA